GUGCGGAAGAGGGUCGUGUGAAGGACUUCUCACCUUCAUGCAAGACAGAACUCGUUUCUCCAUCUACAGACUCUGGUUAUUGCCCACCCUCGUGGACGCUUUGCAAAGAUGAAUAUUCUCAUUGCGCUCAACAUUCUCGCCGUCCUGAGCAUGGUCAGGGCCACACAUGUGCCCCUCUGCCAAAAGUCGGCCGAUCGACGGCAUAUGCUAGUAACCUGCGUGAAUGACAAUGUGAAUGAACAAACUUCCCAGAAGCUGACCGAGGUGAAGCAGGGCCUCAACUGCGAGGAUUUGGACUGCGUAUUCACGAGGAUUUGUGACAUGAGCCCAGACGGUCUCCAACAACAUGCCGACUCCUUCCUUCCGGAUGAGGUGAAAACCGACUUGCGUGCUGCUGUUACGAGGUGCGAAACGACCACCUAAUGGAUGCCUUUUCAACAACUCGCCAGAACAUCGUGCAAGACUGGAGCGACAACAAAUAAAAGAAGUUAUCAACCACAGAA